ACAGCUGAUCAUAACACAGUUAUAAAAGCCCCACCACCUACAGUGUGUGGUGAUAGGGGACCAGGAGAAGCUGGGAACACCACACACCUCUCCACAGCUGACUGGAGUAAAGUUGAGGAUGGCAGAGUUCGGACUGUAUUCAUACCAGCAGGAAGUGGUGGAAAGGGCUCUGCAGGGAGAGAACGUGAUCAUCUGGCUGCCGACCGGGGGCGGAAAGACACGAGCUGCUGUGUAUGUGGCCAAGAGACACCUGGAGACCACACAGAAUGCCAAGGUGGUGGUUCUGGUCAACAAGGUUCACCUAGUGGACCAACAUUACACCAAAGAGUUCAAGCCUCAUCUGGGCUCCGACUACACCCUGGAGCCAGUGAGUGGAGAGAGCGAGUUGAAGGACCUCUUCGGAAAAGUGGUGCAGGACUCGGACGUGGUCAUCUGCACAGCACAGAUCUUGUACAACGCUCUGACCAACAGCGAGGAAACCAAACAUGUUGAGCUCUCGGAUAUCACCCUACUGAUAGUUGAUGAGUGUCACCACACCCACAAGAAGUCGGUCUACAACCAGAUCAUGAGUUGCUACAUGGAGAAGAAGUUGAAGGGAGAGCGUCCGUUGCCGCAGAUCCUGGGUCUCACUGCAUCGCCAGGGACGGGGGGCGCUAGGAUCCUGGAGAAUGCCGUGGAGCACGUCUUGCAGAUUUGUGCCAACCUGGACUCAUCCAUAGUUUCAACCAAGAACUACGCCCCUGAGUUGAAGAAGAAGGUGCCGAGACCCAGAAAGACAUUUGACAUCGUCGAGAACAGACCUGAGGACCCGUUCGGGGAUGAUCUGAAGAGGAUGAUGCAGAGGAUCGAAGAGCACAUGAACAUACCCGCAGACUUCACACUGAGAGUGUGUGGCACGCAGGAGUACGAGGCAGAUGUGGUGAUUUUAGAGCAGCGAGGGGUAAGAGACGACAACAGACGGCUCGCACAAUGUGCUCUCCACCUCAGACAGUACAACGAUGCCCUGCUCAUCAACGACACCCUGCGUAUGAUGGACGCUUACGACAGCCUGAAGGAGUUCUACAGCUCUAAGUCCAACACAGCAAUCGACAAAACAGACCUCUUCCUGCUGGGAAUUUUCCAAGCGAAACAGGCGGAUUUGAGGAGACUUGCAGGAGAUCCUCGCUACGAGAACCCAAAGAUGGCCAAACUUGAGAGCGUUCUGCUGAAACAGUUCGGUUCGGGUGUGCAGUCAAAGGGGAUCCUCUUCAGCAAAACACGCAAAAGCAUCCACUGCCUGAAUAAUUGGGUCAAGAACAACACAGCCUUACAGGAAGCUGGCGUCAAGGCAGACGUCCUGACCGGGGCUGGCAAUGGCAUCACCUACAUGACACAGAACGAGCAGGCCGACACGAUCCGCCAUUUCCGACAGGGCCUUCUCAACCUGCUCAUCUCCACCAGCGUGGCGGAGGAGGGCCUCGACAUUCCUGAAUGCAACCUGGUGGUGCGCUACGGCCUGCUUACAAAUGAGAUCGCCCAGCAGCAGGCCAGCGGACGUGCCAGAGCGCAGGACAGCAAGUAUUCAGUGGUCGCCGCAAAAGGCGGGCGGGAGGUGCGCAGAGAGCUCACCAACGAGUACCUGGAGGAGCUGACUGGGCAAGCCAUCGCUCAGGUCCAAGAUAUGAGCCCUCACGAGUUCCGCGGAAAGAUAACUGAGAUGCAGACAGAAGCUGUCAAUAAAAGUAGAAUCAAAGAGCGCAGUGAAAUGCAGAAGAGGAGUCUCUACACCGCUUCCAGUAUCCAGCUCCUGUGUCGAAACUGUUUCAAGCCUGUGGCCUCUGGCAGUGACAUUAAACUCAUCGAGAAUGUGCACCAUGUCAACGUCAAUCCGGACUUUAAGAAACACUACAAAGUGGGAGGGCAGUUGAUGCUACCAAAGAGUUUUGAGGACUGGGAGCCUGGGCGGAUUAUCAGCUGUAACAACGGCAACUGCAGCCAGCAAUGGGGAUUUGAGAUGAAGUACAGGGAUACUGCCCUGCUGCCCAAUCUGGCCAUUAAGCAUUUGUUCCUGCAGACGCCUGAUGGCAGGAUGACUAAGAAGAAGUGGAAGGAUGUGCCUUUCACUUCGGACAACUUCAACUUUGAAGAAUACUGCCAAGAAAACUUCCCUGACCUCUUCGACUGAGGAACCAACCACAGAGCUCUGUGUGUUUUAUUUCUCACUGUACGUCAGUUUUUAUCUUUAUUUUGAAUCCAGUCUGUGUGUGUUUGCAGGUCAAAACUCUUUUAUAGAAACCAAUACUGUGCAGUUUGAGAUUCUUCAUACAUGAACAAGACAAGCCACUCUAAAAUAUGCUCCACACGUGCCUGCACUUAUUUAUGCUGCGGGGCCAAUGAGGCAGCAGCAGUGUGCUAAAGCCCAUUACACAUCGAUCAUGCUUGAAAUUAGCAUGACAGCUUUGUUUACGCCCACGGCGCACUGUGGCUUUGCAUGGUUCUGUGUGUAUUUUCCGUGCUUCAACUCAAUCGCAAAAACAAAAGCACAACAUGAAGUCAACAGAAAGACGAGGCUUAACCAUCACCACGGCCUGACGUGUUGUCAUGAGGACGGUUAAUCACGAACGCUAUUUUAGCUUUUUAAAAAUGCUUUUAAAUGGAAAUCAUUUUUUUAUGCAGUACCAUGUGUUCUGUGGUGGGAUGAAACAAAGUAUAUUUACUUAUUUACUGUAUUUAAGUACGGUUUUCAUGUAUUGGUACUUAACUUGAGUUGAUUUAUCUUUGUCUACUUUACACUUUUACUCCUCCACAUAUAUCAGCAAUUAUUUUCUACUCUGUUUCAUUUUUACAAUGUAAUGUAAUGUUACAUGUAACAUGUUUUUUUUCUCAAUAUUUUCUAAAAGUUAUCAAAAUAACAAGAGGGGGAUUAAUGAUCUAAUCCUGCAUCACUGGUGCAGAAAAGAACACCUGAAAUGGAUUCAGAGGACGUCACUGCAGAGACUCAGCCAUAAGAAUGUAUUAGACCUUGGUAUCAGGAGGUAUCACUCUGUAAGCACUUUUACUUUCAAUACUUUGCAAGUAUAUUUCAAAGUAGAAUUUACUUAAUUUUACUCAGGUAGAACCCUUAAUGUGGUACUUUACUUUUACUUGUGUAAAUUUGUGUCCAUUUAUUUGUACUUUAACUUAAGUAAAAUGUUUGAGCACUUCCUCCACCACUGGUAAUAUGAUAUGAUAUCCAUAUGAAUGAUCUCAAAUAACAUAUGUAAUUAUUCCAAUGUUUUACAAAAGGGUUAUUUUUAGUAGUAUUAGCUCUAUUCGCCUGUUUACCUCUUGAUUUGAUGAACAGAUGAUUAAAUAUAAAUCAUUUGCCUCUAUGAGCCACUAGGUGUCAGUGUGGGUUAGCCAAAGGCCCACACAAUUUCACACACCACUGUCAUCUACCUUUGUAAUCUUCAAUAAACAGUGUGGGUAAAACCAGAA